AUGGAAAGGGUUGCAGAAUCAAAGGCACUUCCUGUGAAAUUGCCUGUUGUGAGUCAGGUAACGUCAAAUGCUUAUGUAGUGUCUGGGAGACAAGCAAACCGGGCACCAAAGCUUCAGACAGGCCUGGUAAGAGACGUGGUGGGACGAUUUAAUGCACAACAAUCCCAAAUUACAGACUUUCCUGUGCCUGUUAGACCUUGGAAAGGAAAAGACUCUGCACCUAUUGAAGAAGAGUUAAUGCCUGAUGUUGUUGUGACUUCUAAGGGCAGCGGUGAUUCCUUUGAUGAAGGUGGUCCUAGUUCUUUCUCUGGGGCUAGUCAUCCACCCGAACCUAUUGACACAGAUCUAAUAAUGAAAACUGUGUAUGUACCAAUCGGUCAAAAGAAAGCCGAGCCUGGAUACCUUGUGAAGAGCAUGUCUGUGAAGGGGCCUUUUCUAGAAGAUCUUUCAAUCAGGGUUCCACUGAAAAAACCAAGCCCGGCGAUUCUUUCUCCAGCAGAAAGUUUUGUUGAAGAACCUAUUGACUUAGUUGCAUUGCCUUCUCCAUUUUCAGUUCCUCGUGCAUCACAAAAUACGGAAAACUCUCUCCUUCCACCUGAUUCAGAAGAGAAGGAAUGUGUGUGGGAUGCCUCUUUGCCUCCAAGUGGUAAUGUGAGUCCGCAUAGUAGCAUUGACAGUACUGGUGUUGUCACAGCUAUGAGCAUUGUCAAUAGCUGUGCCAGUACAUAUCGGAGUGAUGCUAUUACAAGUGAUGGCAUGCUUAGUAUAGAUAGAAACUGUGAGAGUACAAAAGGGAGUGUUAGUGUUAGAGGGGAUUCUCUUGAAAGUGCAAAGACUAGUGUUAGUCGAGCAAGUGACAGUAGUGGCCUUAGUGAUGACAGUAAUUGGAGCAAUAUUACUGGGAGUGCAAAUAAGCCUCACAAAGGAAAUGAUCCCAGGUGGAAGGCUAUUCUUGCCAUUCGAGCACGAGAUGGAAUUUUGGGUAUGAGUCACUUUAGAUUAUUCAAACGGCUUGGGUGUGGUGACAUUGGCAGUGUAUAUCUCUCAGAACUGAGUGGGACUCGGUGUUUUUUUGCAAUGAAAGUAAUGGACAAGGCAUCCCUUGCAAGCAGGAAGAAGUUGACAAGGGCUCAGACAGAAAGGGAGAUUUUGCAGUUGUUGGAUCAUCCAUUUCUGCCGACUUUGUAUACUCAUUUUGAGACAGAUAGAUUCUCAUGUUUGGUUAUGGAAUACUGUCCAGGGGGUGAUCUGCACACGCUGAGGCAACGUCAACCUGGGAAACAUUUUUCCGAGUAUGCUGCAAGAUUUUAUGCGGCAGAGGUUUUACUGGCACUCGAAUAUCUCCACAUGCUUGGAGUUGUCUACAGAGACUUGAAACCUGAAAAUGUCCUUGUCCGUGAUGAUGGCCACAUAAUGCUCUCGGACUUUGACCUUUCCCUUAGAUGUGCAGUCUCACCCACCCUGAUAAGAACGGCAUUUGACUCCGACCCUUCAAAACGAGCUGCUGGUGGUGCAUUCUGUGUUCAGCCUGCCUGUAUUGAGCCCUCGUCAGUUUGCAUCCAGCCUGCAUGUUUUAUGCCUCGUAUCUUCCCUCAGAAAAGUAAGAAAAAAUCCCGAAAAUCUCGACAAGAUCUUGGGGUGCCUGCUAGUUCACUUCCAGAGCUUGUGGCAGAACCAACAGCUGCUCGGUCCAUGUCCUUUGUUGGAACCCAUGAAUACCUGGCCCCUGAAAUUAUCAAGGGGGAAGGCCAUGGCAGUGCAGUUGAUUGGUGGACAUUUGGCAUUUUCUUGCACGAGCUAUUAUAUGGUAAAACCCCAUUCAAAGGCUCCGGAAACCGAGCUACCCUGUUCAAUGUGGUGGGGCAGCAGCUUAGAUUCCCAGACUCUCCUGCAACUAGCUAUGCUAGCCGAGAUUUGAUCCGAGGCUUGCUGGUGAAGGAACCUCAGCACAGGUUAGGGGUGAAGAGGGGUGCAACUGAGAUCAAGCAGCAUCCUUUCUUUGAAGGUGUGAAUUGGGCUCUAAUUAGGUGUAGCACACCACCUGAAGUGCCAAGACCAGUGGAAACAGAGCCGCCUCCUAGCAAGUUUGGGGCAGUUGACAAAAUUGGGGUCGGCAUUGUAGGCAGCAGCAGUAAAAGAAUGGCGGCAGGGACAGACAUGAAGUCUGGGGGUAAAUAUCUGGACUUUGAGUUCUUUUAG